UAACAACAAGUCCGGAAGACUUGUCCUUAAAGGGCAUUGCUUCCGCUCAGUAACGCGGUGUGAAGUCUUAACGUUUUUGUAAUUGGGUUGUUAGUAGAUGUCAUAGAUGAUCUUACUUUGGUAUUUCUAAAGUUAUUAAAUGGUUAAACUAGCAAUAGAGUAUCAACCUUUCUUAAGCGCGAAACUGAUUUAAUGUUUAACAACAUGGCGUUUGGUGUGGUUUUCUCCUAAUUAAUAAUUAAAUGCUAGUAGAAAAGAUGGAGAAGCGACGAGUACAUAAUGCGGGUAGUUCGGACUCUAAAGCGUUCAAAGAGGAAUGCGAACGAGAGUUCCUGUCACAGUCCGGAGUUAGGAUCAUGUUAAGGGAAGCUUUAAUGAAGUUGCUAGAAACCAGGCCAGAGGAGCCUAUAACGUUUUUGGCGAACCACUUCCACAGUCUUGUGUUGAACUCCGAGGGGGGUGGAGGGGACCAGGGACAGAUGCAGCAGUCUGUCGUCAACAGAGCUAUGUGGCAUCUCCGUGUCGCCCAUCCUUCUCAAAGGGCUGCAUUUAACAACAGUGUUGGCAUUGCCUAUGAUAUUCUCCUCACAAAUGGGCGGAAGAAGAAGCCUGGUCUGAAUGGCAGAAUGUAUUCUGAUCUUCUGAAAAGGAUCUGCAAUGAGGGAAGAAUACCUGAAAAUAUCUCUGGCUCUUUACUGAAGAAAAUACAGUGUCGGGAGCAUGAAGCAGUCCCCUUUGAGAUUUUUCGUUACAGCAUGCUGACAUGCUUCAUAUUCCUGGAGUAUCUCUCCAAAUCCUCCUCUCUCUUUGAGACCCUAUCGGAUUCCAAGAAAGCAGAUAAAAGAUUAUGUGAGAUUGUUUUGGAAACUUUGGAAGAUGCCUUACAGGCAAGUAAUCUGUCCAUUCCAGCUAGUUAUUUGGAAGCUGGUUCUAAGCUUGGACCAGAUCGCUUGGCUUUGGAAAUGAACAAGUUACUGAUAAACCAUAAGCCUGCUUCAUUUAUGCAGAAGGGGGAAUUUCUACAGAAAGCUGCAGCUUUGUUCAUUGAGAAAGUUAAAAGUAUUUCUUGACUGAUUAACUGAAAGUAUUUUUAAUGUGAUGUAGUCUGUGGAGUACUUUGUUUCGAUUUCAGGGAGACCUCUACUUAGUCAUUUUUCUGACCUGACCUCCUGAGCAUGGAAUCUCUAGGAAAGGCUUGAGUACAUUUUUAUCCUCUACAGUUUGUAAUGAGCCUAUGCCACUAAUUUUGUCUCGUCUUUGAAAUUAAAAACUGACAUUAGGUUAUCACUAGUUUACAGCGUGAUAACCUAUUGAUAUGUGUUAAGCACUUGCAGUUCCUUCAAAAACUGCCAGGUUUCUGUAUGCAUAGUUUCUUCCAAAAGCCUGUUCGCUGUCUAUAUGUCAGGAUAUGUGUUAAGCACUUGCAGUUCCUUCAAAAACUGCCAGGUUUCUGUAUGCAUAGUUUCUUCCAAAAGCCUGUUUGCUGUCUAUAUGUCAGGAGAGCCAUGUUUAGCAAAGGGAUUGACUAAUCCAGAGUCGGGUGACUUUGAGUAACCUUUAAACUACGGUAGUUUUUGUUAUUUUCAUUGCUAAAAAUAAUAAAAUGCCAGAAAAUUA